AACUACACUAACCUUUUCCACUGGUGGCACUUGCGCUACCAACUUUUUCAGUUACUGGCGCAAAAUAUGAUUUGGUCGCACAUAUUUUUUUCAAGUUAUAUUAGGGCGCUCUGGUUAAUAAUGAACAAUAAUGAAACUGUAUUGCAUACAGAUAUGCUUUUUAUUUUACUUGCCAUCUUUUAAACCACAUGCCGCCUUGUUUUCUUAAACGUUGCAGUCAGUAUUUCCCACAGAUCUGAAAUUUACUUGGUGGUGGUAACCGGUAAAAAGGGCAAUCAUUACCCACUGACAAAUAAUGGUCUACUAUACAUAUGACGAAGAACUAAUAAUGUGUGACACAACACAAUACUUUGAUUUAUUGAAAAUUAAUAUUAAUUUCACAUUAUAUUUCAUUAAUCUAAACACUCCAAACUUUCUUUGCCAUUAACAAAGCUGACACUGUUUGUCAAAGCACCACGAAAACACUUACUGUUUUUGCACUGAUAUAUGAAGCAAUUAGACCCCUUUUAUCAAACUCAAUAUAAUACAAUACUAUGUAUAGUAUAUUCAUAGACAGUAGCUACAGGUCUAUAGAUUAUAAAUGUGACUGAUGUUAUAAUGGUAAUAAUUUCUAUUAAAUAGGCACUUCUACUGCUUCUGCUCUAUCUUUCUAUUUCUCUCUUGCCGAUUUAAAAAGCUUAAUCCACUUAUUAUUUCAAUAAUAUUAUUCCACUUAUUUUAUUUUCAAAUCUACUUGCUGUCAAUGGGCUUGACAUUAGCACUGCUUUUUUGCUACAAUCUGUGCAAACUAAAUAUGGAUAUGGUUUUAGAAAAUAUAUGGUUUAUUAAUAAUAAGAUUAUUAAAAACAUGUGAGAAAGAAAACGCAGCGCGUGGUCGUAACAAGAACCAUCGCCAUAGAAACCGAAGGCACGCUAAACUGCACUCGAGCUUUAGCGCGGUAGCGCUCAUGGCCGUUUUGCGAUCGACUCGGGUUAUAAACUCAAUAUUAAUCAGACUUGGGACCCAAAGUAAUUAAACUAGGACCUAACCGGACCCGACAGACCAUUUAAAAUAUAAACCCGGAACCAUACGGGUCCCGCGUCCUCAGUGAAGAAAGACCUCUGCUCAAGUUCAGAAACAUGGAAGACACUGCGCUUGCGUCGCGUCGCACCCAAUUCAUUGAGAAACAGCUGAGCACGCAAACGCACACUGAUAGGGAGAGACACGAUGUAGCUGCCAUCAAAGCAAUUCAUAUCUCAUUUUAAUAUAGUUCAUAGUUAAAAAAUAUAAGGUUAAAAUUCAUAUGAUUAAAUCAUGUUUUAUAGUCAAUAAAUAAUAAUUUCAUGUUCAUUUCUUUUUGUUAAAAUACUUGUGUAAAAGGGGGGAACUUAUUUUUUGGUUCCGUGUGGAAUUUGUUAUUAGGGUGAUGUUAUUUUUGGGUGCACUCACUGUGAUUAGAGAGACAUCUGCUGUGGCUUGCCAGCAUGUUGUUUGAAAGCUUAUGGAAAGGUGUAAAGCUGAGUACAAGUUGUCCUAAGGUGUGAAGAUGAAUAUCCCUUAAGUUAUUCUCUCGGGUUCAUGCGGCCAAUGAGUUCUGACGGCAAUUUGGUAUUAAAAAAGGGACAAGUGAAGACAUGUUUGAAGAUUCUGUCAUCAAAUAAAUGCCCGUUAAAACCCAGGAACGACUUGAGCCUUUUUUUAAACUCGAGAGGAGUAACAGUCAGAACUCAGCCUGCUUCGUGCUGGAGGAGAAGAGCAACGGAGCCAUUAACGAGCGGCUCGUUACAUCGUUAACUACGCUAACGAGCAUCAAAGACAGACAACACGAACUGCAUGCACGGAAAACCUGACAAGUGGCAAACGGAGUCCAGAGUCUGGUGGGGUCAAGCUACAAAGAAGUAACACAUUUAAACAAGUUAAAUGUUAAGAAGUAGUUUAAUCCUGCUAACUUAAAGGGACAGUAAAGUGUCAAAAGAGGUUGAAGUGUAUGUUUUCUUGCAAUUCAAAUUUGAGUUUAAGUGUAUGUUUUGCUAUUCAAGUUUGAGUUUAAGUGUAUGUUUAUAUUUUGUAAGGUGAUUAUUGCAAAACUAGUUGUAAGACUAAUCACAAGUUAUUUUCUAAGUUAAAGGUGCCCUAAGGUAUUUUAAAGAGCAAGUUAUAUUGGGUGUCUUUGAUAUUGAAUGCCAUUUCUUUAUUUCAUACAAGGUGCAAACAGUUUAUAAUUAGCUUAAAGUGUUUUUAACACAUUUAACUUAAUUUACAAGUUCAUAAUUACAAUAUUAUAUUCCAUAGUUCAUUACAAUAAUUUAGAACAUCUUACAAAUUCACAAGUAAUUUGAUCUUAAGUCAAUACAUAUACAUCAGCUCAAGUAGUGAAAUGACUGAGCCUGACCAAGGAAGUGAAGCUGUGCAGUUGCAUGAGCAAGUAAGCCCGGAUGAAGAAUCUGUAGACUCAAGUUCACAGCAAGAGGCAAAUUCAAGUAAAGCAGCUGAAGAUGUUGGUUUGAGGAAAAGUCAAAGAACCAGAAAGCUUACUAAAAAGGGCCAAGCUCUACAUGAAGAAAGGAUGAAUAAGCUUCAGUGUCGCUUUAAGACCAAAUAUGACAAAUGGAAAUCUAUGGCCAAACAAGCUAAGAAAGCACUUGAUGCACCUAGUACUGCAAGUUUACAGGAUCACAUUGUAAAGGUCCAGAGUGCUUCAGAAGAAGUAAAGCAAACCUAUCAUGAGUUGCGCAGGUACGACACUCCUGAGAGUGAUACUCGUCGUAGAGUAGACACAUGUCAUGCUGUUUCGUUAAGGAUAAUAGAACAAGCAACAGAGUUUCUUAAAGAAGAAGAAAGUGGUAAAUGCCCAGCUAAAAGAUCCAUUCACUGGAGUGAGGCUGGCUCUGUGUUCCAAUCAGCAGCAUCUUAUAGGUCCAAAAGUGUGGGUAGCGCAAUCACACGUUCAAGCCAUUCAAGUAAGUCCUCUGUGAAGAAACAAGAAGCAGCAGCAGAACUGGCUGCAACUGAAGCCACUUUAAAAGUGAUGCAAGAAAUGGAAAGUAAGCAAAGGGAACUUGAAAAUCUUGAAGCUGAAAGCAGAAAACGACUUGCACAACAAGAAGCAGAGAAUGCUGAAACGCAAAGGAAAUUAGAAGAAAAGCGAAGGCAGAUAGAACGCUUUGAAACUGUCAAGAAAAUGGAAGCAGCCAAAGCACGUCUGAAAGUUUACAAACAAGAAUUAACUUCAGAUGAAGAAAUAUCAGAAUUUCUACACAAUGAGUCCAAGCCUAAGAAAGCAGCACCUUACAUGCAUAGUUUGCCUGAAUCUCAUCUUGGACAACCUGCUGCUAACCUACAACAACGCAUUGUGCCACAAGAGGUCACAAGCCGGCAACAUGUAACCAAUACUACACAGGAAGAUGGCACUACUGUAUUAGCUAGAGCGUUAGCAGAAUCAAUUAACAUAAGCCGAUUACCAGUACCAGAACCUUCAGUCUUUAUUGGAGACCCCCUCAAGUACAAAGAUUGGGAAAUGUCCUUUCAAACUCUGAUAGACAGGAAGAACAUCCCAGCAAAUGAAAAACUCUACUACCUCCGCAAAUAUGUUGGUGGGCCAGCAAAGAAAGCAAUUGAGAGCUAUUUUCUGUUGGGGACUGACACAGCGUAUCUUGCAGCAUGGAACAUUCUAAAGGAAAGGUAUGGAAGCUCAUUAGUAAUCGCCAAAGCCUUCAGGGAUAAGCUUACAUCAUGGCCAAGAAUAGGACCAAAGGACAGUGCUGAAUUACGAGAGUUCUCAGACUUUCUCAGAGGCUGUGAAGCAGCAAUGUUCCAGAUUAAAAAUCUUGAAGUUCUCAACGACUGCAGUGAAAAUCAGAAAAUGCUCAGCAAGCUUCCUGAUUGGUUAAUAGCAAGCUGGAAUAGAAAGGUAAUUGAGAUUCAAGAGCAAAGCGGGUCAUUUCCAACAUUCAGCAACUUUGUCAACUUCAUUACAAGAGAGGCCAAGAUAGCUUGUAAUCCAGUAACAUCGCUUCAUGCACUAAAGGCAAGUGAUUCUGAAAAAAUGAAGAACCCAAAGAUACGAAGUGUUGGUGCAAAGGUGCUAGCAAGCAGUUCAGAAGAGAAACCAGACAUUAAGAGGUGUAUAUUCUGUGAAAGGCCAAACCAUGGAAUUCAUGUUUGCCGAAAGUUUAUGGACAAGUCAAUUACUGAACGAGUUAAGUUUGUACAAACAAAAGGCUUGUGUUUUGGAUGUCUCAGCCCUGGACACUAUUCAAGGAAAUGUGAAAGUAGAAGUGUUUGUAACGCAUGCAAAGGAAAGCAUCCAACAUGUUUACAUCAGGAACGUGACAGGGAAGUCAAAAGGACAAAGGAUACUGACAAGGAACAAAAGGACACAAGGGACACCAAACAACCAAGUACAGAAACACCAAACAAGGCAAUAUCCAAUCGUGUUGUACAAAAUAUUAACUGUGAUCUCACAUCCACAAUCAUUCCAGUUUGGUUAUCCACAACAAGCAAUCCAGAACAUGAGGUUCUUGUCUAUGCCCUUCUGGACAGUCAGAGCGACACCACAUUCAUUCUUCAAGAAAAGGCGGAUGCUCUAGUCACAGAAAGGGAGCAAGUACAGUUGAAGCUUUCCACGCUGUCAUCCAGGGACACAGUCAUUCCAAGUCAAAAGCUCUUUGGGCUACAAGUUAGAGGCUUUUACACAUCCAAGAGAAUCCCUCUCCCAACGACAUACACAAGAGACUUUAUCCCUGUCAAUUUAAGUCAUAUUCCCACACCUAAGAUAGCAAGAGCAUGGGCUCACCUAGAGCACCUUGCUGAAGAGAUCGCUCCUAUGAUAGAGUGUGAUGUCGGCUUGCUUAUAGGGUACAACUGUUCGCAAGCUUUGAUACCCAGAGAAGUGGUGUCGGGAAAGGACAAUGAACCAUUCGCUCAAAGAACAGACCUUGGCUGGACUAUAGUCGGAGGUAUUGACCCCUGUGUGGAUUAUGGUGAUGCUAUAGGAAGUAGCCAUAGGGUCAUAGUUAAAGAAGUGACACCUUCUGUUCAGUCACCAACUCCCUUAACAAAUGAAGUCAUGUAUGUCUGUCGUACACAAGUCAAAGAGCUAGUCACACCAUUUGAUGUGAUCAAAGUAUUGGAGUCCGAUUUCAAUGAACGACGCAUGGAGGAGACUCACUUCUCCCAGGAGGAUUUGCGUUUCAUUUCCAUAAUGGAGGAAGGAGUGAAAAUGAAAGCAAAUGGUCAUUGUGAGUUGCCUUUGCCCUUUAAGAAGGAUAGACCAAAUCUGCCAGACAAUAAAAUCUGUGCCGUACAUAGACUUAAAUGUCUAAAGAAAAGAUUUGAGAAAGACACGCAAUACCACAAAGACUACACAACAUUCAUGAAUGAAACAAUAACCCGUGGAGAUGCGGAAAAGGUUCCAUUUGACGAACUGGACAAAAGUCCCUCCUGGUACAUCCCUCACCAUGGUGUCUACCACCCCCAGAAACCUGGAAAAAUAAGAAUCGUGUUCGACUGCUCGGCAAAGUAUGAAGGUGUGUCAUUAAAUGACUUUCUGCUCACUGGGCCAGAGUUGACCAACAGCCUGGUAGGUGUUCUAUGUCGGUUUCGUAAGGGUCAAAUAGCGGUGAUGUGUGACAUAGAACGCAUGUUUCAUCAAUUCCAUGUCAAGCCAGAAGAUCAAGACUACUUCCGCUUUCUGUGGUGGGAUAAUGGAGACUUCUGUUCCAACGCCUCUGUCUAUCGUAUGCGUGUUCAUCUUUUUGGAGCUGCUUCAUCACCCGGCUGUGCAAAUUACGGUCUUAAGUACAUCGCAGCUCAAGGGCAAGGUCAUUUCAGUGAAGCUACAAUCCGUUUCAUUGAGAGAAAUUUCUAUGUGGAUGAUGGCCUAAUAAGUGUCCACUCAGAAGAAGAGGCUAUCCAGUUGGUAAAGGAAGUAAGACAACUCUGCAGUACAGGCAAGUUGCGACUUCAUAAGUUCAUAUCAAACAGCCAACAAGUAUUGGCAUCCCUACAAAAGGAAGACUGUGCAGAGACAGUAAUGAAACGAGACCUAGCUCUUGGCGAACAACAAAUUGAGAGGGCUUUGGGCGUCAAAUGGUGUGUUGCCUCAGACCAUUUUCAGUUUCGAGUAGUCGUAAAUGAGCGCCCUCUCUCCAGAAGAGGAGUUUUGUCCACAGUUGCCUCUAUCUUCGAUCCACUUGGCUUUGUGGCACCUUUCAUCUUACUUGGGAAACAAAUACUUCAACAAAUGUGUCGUGAGAAGGUCAGCUGGGAUGAGCCACUGUCAAAUGAGUUAAGGCCACGGUGGGAGUCCUGGCUACUGGAUCUACAAAACUUAGCCAAUGUCAAGAUUGAGCGAUGCUACCUACCAGAUGAUUUCAAGACAGUUCACAAGUAUGAAGUCCAUCAUUUUUCAGACGCAAGUGUCAAUGGGUAUGGAGUCUGUACCUAUCUAAGAGCAAUCAGCACAACAGGAAAGAUACACUGUGUCUUAGUAAUAGCUAAAUCCAGAGUAUCCCCCACAAAGGUAACCACGGUGCCAAGACUCGAGCUGUCUGCAGCAGUGGUAGCAGUACGCACAAGUGACAUGCUCAGAGGAGAAUUGGAGCUUGAAAACGCCCAAGAGUUCUUCUGGACCGAUUCAAAUGUUGUCUUAGGAUACAUCAACAAUGAUGCAAAACGAUUUCAUAUCUAUGUAGCCAACCGCAUACAGCGCAUCAAGGAAAGUACAAACCCAACUCAGUGGAAAUAUGUGACAUCAGAAGACAAUCCCGCUGAUCAUGCGUCACGAGGGCUUAAGGCAAAGGAGCUCAUUGCUUCCAAUUGGUUUAGUGGCCCAGAUUUUCUCUGGCAGGAACAGCUUCCAGGUGGUGAGGUAAAGGUGGAAGAAAUUGAUGCCAAAGAUCCAGAAGUGCGCAGAGUCAUUGUGCACCAGACCUCAACCACAAAGGAUUUACUAACUAAUCGUUUCCUUAAGUUUUCAAGCUGGACAAGACUAGUGAAAGCAGUUGCCAGACUUCAAAGAUUUGUCAAGGAGUUUAAGGGUACAAUACAGAGAACUAAUGAAGCCACAAGUCUUGAGGAAAGACAGGAGGUAGAGCUUACCAUCAUGCUCAUGGUACAAAGGGAAGUCUUCUCCAAGGAGAUCAAUGAUCUUGAAUCACAAAGGGAGAUGACCAAAGACAAAACCAGUAGGUUGUACCGACUCAGUCCCUUUUUGGACCACAGAGGUAUCCUUAGAGUGGGAGGUCGAUUAGAACAUGCUGCCAUGCAUUCACAUAUCAAACAUCCAGUCAUUUUACCAAAAAACAGUCACAUAACAAGAUUACUGAUCGAUCACUAUCACAGACAAGUGAAACAUCAAGGGCGUGGCAUGACCAUAAAUGAGUUGAGAUCAAAUGGUAUUUGGAUCCUUGGAUGUAGUCAAGCUGUGUCAUCAGUCAUCUACCACUGCGUUAAGUGCAGACGAUUCAGACGUAAUACAGAAGAGCAGAAAAUGGCAGACCUGCCACGUGAGAGAAUGGAGACAACUCCUCCCUUCACGUAUUGUGGGAUGGAUUGUUUCGGUCCAUUUUACAUCAAAGAAGGUCGAAAGGAGUUGAAACGUUAUGGACUAUUGUUCACAUGCUUGUGCUCUCGUGCAGUGCACAUAGAGUUACUUGAUGAUCUUUCAACCGAUGCAUUCAUCAACUCACUUCGUGCUUUCAUUGUCCUACGUGGAAAUGUUCGUCAACUGCAAUCAGAUCAGGGCACCAAUUUUGUUGGAGCGAGGCGUGAAUUCCUAGAAGCAGUGAAAGAAAUGAAUCAAGAAUGCCUUAAACAAUUAGGCUGUGAGUUUGUGAUGAACCCUCCUUCUGCUAGCCAUAUGGGCGGAGUUUGGGAAAGACAAAUCCGUACCAUCAGAAGUGUAUUAACAUCUAUACUAGAUCAGUCAUCCCGAACACUCGACAGUUCAUCCUUACGGACUUAUCUUUAUGAAGUGAUGGCCAUCAUAAACAGCCGACCUAUGACAGCACACUUGCUCAACGAUCCAACAGGUCCUCAGCCUCUCACGCCCAACCUGCUUCUGACAAUGAAGUCCUCAAUAGUAUUGCCUCCACCUGGAAACUUUGUGAAGGAAGACCUUUACCUCCGCAAGAGAUGGCGUAAGGUCCAAUACCUUGCCAAUGAGUUUUGGCACAGAUGGAAAAGGGAGUACCUACUGAGUUUACAACAAAGACAGAAAUGGCAAAAGACAAAAAGAAAUGCAAAAGUCAAUGACAUAGUAAUUCUACAAGACGAUACCGCACCCAGAAACGAAUGGAAGCUGGCUAAAGUUGCCAACGUGUAUCCAGCUGAAGAUGGAUGUGUGCGGAAGGUUCAGUUGCUGAUCAGCAACUCUGCAUUAGAUGAACAAGGAAAGAGACUCAGCAAGCCAGUCUAUUUGGAGAGACCUAUUCACAAGACAGUCACAUUACUUGAAGCUGACUAACAUAAUUUUAACUUGCAGUAAUCGCUCACACAUAGUUAAUUGGUUAAAAUCACAAGUGAUUUGGUGGGAGUGUAGCUGCCAUCAAAGCAAUUCAUAUCUCAUUUUAAUAUAGUUCAUAGUUAAAAAAUAUAAGGUUAAAAUUCAUAUGAUUAAAUCAUGUUUUAUAGUCAAUAAAUAAUAAUUUCAUGUUCAUUUCUUUUUGUUAAAAUACUUGUGUAAAAGGGGGGAACUUAUUUUUUGGUUCCGUGUGGAAUUUGUUAUUAGGGUGAUGUUAUUUUUGGGUGCACUCACUGUGAUUAGAGAGACAUCUGCUGUGGCUUGCCAGCAUGUUGUUUGAAAGCUUAUGGAAAGGUGUAAAGCUGAGUACAAGUUGUCCUAAGGUGUGAAGAUGAAUAUCCCUUAAGUUAUUCUCUCGGGUUCAUGCGGCCAAUGAGGUAUUUGAUCUGUCUUUGUGAUUUAUUUGUGUUGUGUGCUGUGUUUGUAACAAGCCAAUUAUGAUGUCAUUUUACAUGGCAUAAAUGUAUGUUUGUUUAUUUAGUUUUCUAUGUAAUUUUGUCUUAAUAUUGUCUGCAAGUAUGUUUAUAAUUUAAGGUUAAUGUAUGUUUUUUGUGCUUUGUUUAUACCAGUUCUGACGGCAAUUUGGUAUUAAAAAAGGGACAAGUGAAGACAUGUUUGAAGAUUCUGUCAUCAAAUAAAUGCCCGUUAAAACCCAGGAAC